ACUCCGUUUCACACGGCUUUUCGCAGUUUGACAAUUGUACUGUCCAUUCCCCAUUCCUCCUCUUCUGGUGAAAUAUCUUCUGCUGUUCUUCACCGGUUACUGAUUCUGAUAUUUUUUUAAGGUCAAGGAGGGAAGAGGAAGGAGAUUCUUCUCUCAUCACCUCUUUUCAUUUUUCUUUUCUCUUCUAUACCUGAUCUCCAGCUGCCAUAAACGAUUCAUUGAGGUUCAUGGAUCCUCCCCAGCUAACCGGGUUUGUCGUAAUCACUCUCCCACCUGCAGACGACCCCUCUAAAGGUAAAACCAUCACUGCUUUUACUCUCUCUGAUCCUCCUUCCUCGGCACUUCAACAACAACAACAACAACAACAACAACAACCCCAGUUUCAACAACCACAACAGCAACUACAGUAUCUCCCCUUCCGAUCUCCACCGGACCCUGAACGCUCUUUCUAUACUUUCAGAAGAAGAGCACUCUUUUCCAUACCAAGAAUUGUUUUUGGUUUUCUGGGUAUCGCUCUGUUAGCGUGUAUCUUGUGGAAUUCUGCUUAUUCGGAGACCCUUAUCGAACUUCGAGGUCGCCAAGAUGAUGAUAAAGUCAACUCAUUUCUCUUCACUUUGUAUCCUAAAAAGGGUGCUGGGCAAUUGUUUCACAGAGAUGUUGAGCUUAAAUUGGGGAGAUUUGUGGAGAGAAAUGCAGAGGAUACACUGCUCAUGAUCGGUGCUAGAUUGAAACAGAGACAGAGUAACAAAUUACUUUCUUCUUCGUCGUCGUCAGUUGAUCCAUCCACCAUUUUUCCUCUCAGAGGGAAUAUGUAUCCAAAUGGGCUGUAUUACGCAUUACUACUUGUUGGGAAUCCACCAAGGCCUUACUAUCUGGACAUGGAUACUGGGAGUGAUUUGACAUGGAUUCAAUGUGAUGCCCCGUGCAUUAGCUGCGCCAAGGGACCACAUCCUUAUUACAAGCCUGCUCAAGGGAAUUUAGUGGCUCACCUGGAUUCAUUAUGCACAGAAGUCCAAACUAGUCAGAAUCGUGAACAGUGUGAAUCUUGCCAACAAUGUGACUAUGAGAUAGAAUAUGCAGAUCGUAGUUCCUCAAUGGGUGUUCUUGCUAGGGACGAGCUGCAGCUUAUGAUCACAAAUGGCACAGAAAUGCAGUCAGAUUUUGUUUUCGGGUGUGCAUACGAUCAACAAGGCCAACUUUUAGUCUCUCCUGCGGAUACUGAUGGAAUACUUGGACUUAGCAGAGCUAAGAUUAGCCUCCCUUCUCAAUUGGCAAGUCAAGGGAUCAUCCAUAAUGUGGUGGGCCAUUGUAUAAGAAGUGAUAGUGAUGGUGGUGGAUAUAUGUUCUUGGGGGAUGACUAUGUACCUCGAUGGGGCAUGACAUGGGUCCCAAUGCUAAACAGACCUUCCAUAAACUUCUAUCAUAGUGAAAUAGUGAAAAUAAGUUAUGGAAGUGCACAACUCAGUUUAGGUGGACCAGACAACAGCAUAGCCCAAAUAGCUUUUGAUAGUGGCAGUUCCUAUACAUAUUUCACACAAGAAGCAUAUUCUGGUCUAGUUGCAUCUUUUAAAGAUUUUUCCGCUGAAGGACUCACUCGAGAUGAAUCAGAUACAACAUUGCCAAUAUGCUGGCGGCCGAAGUUCCAAAUCAGAUCUGUUAAGGAUGUGAGGCGGUUCUUCAAGCCCUUGAACCUUCAAUUUGGGAGUAGGUGGUGGAUUGUCUCUGCAAAGCUGAUGAUUCCCCCCGAGGGAUACUUAGUCAUAAGUGAUAAAGGCAAUGUGUGCUUGGGAGUCCUUGACGGAAGUGAGGUCCAUGAUGGGUCCACGAUUAUACUAGGAGAUAUCUCGUUGCGUGGACAGUUGGUAGUGUAUGAUAACGUUAAUCAAAAAAUUGGGUGGAUCCAAUCAGAUUGUGUAAAAGCAAAGAGACUUAAGAGUUUCCCUUUUUUCUGAGUGCCUAGUGUCUGGACACGAAUGCUGGAGGUGCCACUUAUAUGGAUGAUCCACACAGAUUGCUUUGUACAUAGCUCAUACCCACUCAUGGUAGGAAAUACUAUACUUCUGUAAUAAAAUUAUGUCUAUAAUACUAUCUGGGGGCAAUAUGGAAGCAACCAAUUUCUACGGGAGUCAGAUCAAACAAAGGAUUUCUUUGUAACGUAUCGGUGUUAUUCUGGUUGAGAUCUUUAGUAGUUUUAUAAUAUGUAUGCUGUUAUUUUUUUUCAUUCUCAAAUUGAACUUUGGACCCAAUGUACAGAUCUUCAGUAGUUUUAUGUAUGAUGCUUAUGCCUGGACAAUUUUAAUGUGCAUUUCCCUCCUUUCUGCAAAA